UGCUGUUCCUUCUCUUCUCCGUCACUAGUUUCCACAGCGUCAUAACCCUCGCCUAUUUCUACAAUGUAUCUAUUUGAAACCCUAACUCUGAGCUAUAAUAAAGAACCCGAACCUAAAAAAUAAGACCAAUAAGCGCUUACAUUUUUUAUUACAAGCCAUAUUUACUUUGUCGCAACUUAUUUUCUUGGCGGGGAUGCGUAGUUGUUACAACUGAGCUAUAAUAAGAACGGUGACGUUAACUACCUGCUAGCUAGCAGUGGGAGCUGGGUCGAGUAAAUGCUACCGAGCAAGCUAAUGGCACUAACGUUUCAGGGGAAUGUCUACUAAAUAAAUAUUCGAACUCGUUAACUCUUCAGGUUAUCGAUAGCUAUAUCGUCUUUUAUUUUGUCUUGCCUGCACAGACGUCUAGCUAUCCGUUUCUGUUCAGACAGAGUUAAAUAGGCAGUUUUGGGAAACGAAGUUAGCCAGCCAGGUCACAGAAGUGCAGUGUUGUGGACCGACCCAAAAGAGAGUUUUCUCUGCCGUCCCCCAUCGGUUUCCGAGGAUGGUUCUGCUAAGGAGUGUCCCACCACCCACCGAGGGAGUCCGGCAUGAACAAGGCGAGACGACGGCGGUGUUGGACGGGAAGGGUCUCGGCACAGGGACUCUCUACGUUGCUGAAACGCGGUUGUCGUGGUUUGACGGGUCAGGGAUGGGCUUCUCUCUGGAGUACCCCACUAUCAGCCUUCACGCCAUCUCACGAGACCUCAGCGCCUACCCACAGGAACAUCUAUACGUCAUGGUCAAUGCAAAACUCAACGAUGAGAUGCAGGAGAAUGCCCAUGAUGAUGAGGAGGAUGAGGAUGAGGAAGAUGAUUGUGAGGGGAUCACAGAGAUCCGCUUCGUCCCUAGCGACAAGGCAGCAUUGGAGUCUAUGUUUUCAGCGAUGUGUGAGUGUCAGGCCCUGCACCCAGACCCAGAUGAUGAAGACUCCAACGGGGAUUUUGAUGGAGAUGAGUACGAUGUGGAGGAGGCAGAGGCAGAGCAUGGUCAGGGUGAUAUCCCGUCAUUCUGUACAUAUGAGGAGGGUGUGUCGGGGCUGAGGGCUGAAGGCCAGGCCACUCUACAGAGACUGGAGGGCAUGUUAGCUCAGUCUGUCGCAAACACCUUUCACAUGGCUGGGGUCCGCACUGAUGAGACCAAUGGAGAGUUUGACGAUGGGGUGGAGGUGGAUGCAGGGUCGACGGUGGCUGGACAGUUUGAAGAUGCAGACAUAGACCACUAAUGGAUCGCAGCCAGUCAAAGCACUUGUGGUACAUUGUGGGAUAGGAGAAUACAACCUCUCCACUUCCUGUCCCCAAGGCAUCAUUUUCCACACACAUAUAUAUUCCUCUCAUGUUUUGUACCUGAAGACCAGUUGUACUGAGUUUUCCCCAGCAGGGAGCAGUGUUGUCUUUGUAUGAAAUCUCUUCAAUAAAUAAAUAGUUUUUGUAUGAA